AUGUCUUAUGAACAGACUAGUCUCAUGGCCUCCAACUCCGAACAGACAAACCAAUCACAAACCCCACCACCCCAAGCAAACAUGACACCCGAGCAAGAACACAACACUCGCGUCAUGGCUUGCGACAUCCAACGAUUCUACGAAUGUGUCCGACGGGAUAAGCACGUCUUCAGAAGGUGGAUCUCUCACUAUGUGAUCAACCUCGCAAAGUUUCUCGAACCUCACUGCACCUUGUUCAAGAAUGAACGAAACUGGCCAGAGACAUGGUUCGAGAAUGAGCGCGAUCUCAUGAAUGACCUAGAGACCUUCCGACGCAUGGCAAAGCAGCUCUUGCAGCAGUGGACACGAGCUGUAGCUGCUCAAAUCCUCAGUGUCCGAAACACUGCCAUCAGCAAACUAUUCACGGCUGAGGACUUUUCUCUCGCGGUCGAGCUUGAGCCUAGCCCCCCACUGGACGGCAAAGCUGGCCCCCUGGACUGGACACAGAGUGAACUCGCCUUUGAUAAGAGUCUGUCCAAGUUCCGGUUCCUGGCAAACGACAUGUUGCAGGGGAUGAAAGGCGGACCAACCAUGGAACGACCUGGUCAUCCUUGGACGAGAAUGAAGGGGUUUGAUGUUUUGAACUUGAUGAUCAAGGAUGCGGAAGAUCCUGUUAAUGAGGAUGAUGGGGAAGAUAUGCGGGAUGGUGAGUGGGAUGAUGAGAUUGUCCCAUUUCAUGGGUUUUACUAG